AUGGGAAACGCAGUCUUUUCGCAGGCCAACAUCAAUGGCGUGUAUAUCCCCUCGGUGCUGCUGAUCGUCGGAGUCGCCAUCAUCAAGAGGGAAUAUGUCCCUUAUGCGGUCGCUCUCGCUGCCAUUGUGGGAGGCUACAAGAUCUUCACUGGCCUGACUCCAUCGUCAAGGAAAAUCCUGAAGCCCGACGUCUUCCAGGAAUUCCCCCUGACGAAAAUCACCAAAACCUCCCACAAUGUCGCCAUCUACCGAUUUGAUCUUCCCCGACCCACCGACAUUCUCGGUCUCCCCAUCGGCCAGCACAUGUCGUUGGCAGCAACCCCCAAAGGCGCUGAUAAAGAGGUGGUCCGGUCAUAUACCCCUAUAUCUUCCGAUGAGGACAAAGGCUUCUUUGAACUCAUGAUCAAGGCAUACCCUCAGGGCAACAUCAGUGCUCAUAUGACCACCUUGAAAGUUGGGGACAUCAUGAAGGUCCGCGGCCCCAAGGGAGCCAUGGUGUACACUCCGAACAUGUGCAAGCGCAUUGGCAUGAUUGCGGGCGGAACAGGCAUCACACCCAUGCUGCAGAUCAUCCGCGCCAUCAAUCGCGGUCGGCCCCGAAAUGGAGGCAAUGACACCACCAAGGUGGAUCUAAUUUUUGCCAACGUCAACCCCGAUGAUAUUCUGCUGAAAGAGCAGCUUGACGAGCUGGACAAGGCAGACCCUGACUUCAACAUCUACUAUGUCCUGAACAACCCGCCUGAGAAAUGGGAGGGCGGAGUCGGCUUUGUGACUGCGGAUAUGAUCAAGGCCAAACUCCCGCCUCCGUCAUCCGAUAUGAAAAUCCUGAUCUGCGGGCCUCCACCUAUGGUCAGUGCAUUGAAGAAAGCCACAGAAAGUCUCGGGUACCAAAAGGCUAGACCGGUCAGUAAACUGGAAGACCAGGUGUUUUGCUUCUAG